AUGUUGGCGAGAAGUUGCAUUUUGUUGAUUCUGCUGUUUGGCAUCGCUGCAGCUGCAGUGUUUGUGGAGAAGAAAGAGGCCGAAGCUGUGCUGAGCCGAUGGCGGCGGGCAAACUCUGGUUUCUUGGAAGAACUCAAGCAAGGCAACCUGGAAAGGGAAUGCAUCGAGGAGAUCUGUGACUACGAGGAGGCCAGAGAAGUGUUUGAGAACGAUGCGCAGACGAGGCAAUUCUGGGAUACUUAUGAACGUCGGGAACCUUGCCGAGUCAAUCCCUGUCUUAACAAUGGCGUGUGUGUCGCUGUUGGGACCAGCUUCCAGUGUAACUGCGCUGAAGGAUUUGAAGGACGCUUGUGCCAGAUGGUAUUUGAAGACUCGCUCAAGUGUGCUUACCACAAUGGUGAGUGUCAGCAUUUUUGCGAUGGCUCAGGAAAGCGCCGCAAAUGCUCCUGUGCCGAUGGCUACAUUCUGGGCGAAGAUGGCCGUCAAUGCAUUGCUCAGGUGGAGUUUCCAUGUGGUCAACUGGCACCAACGAAUCAGAGCAUAACGGGACAAACAAGGCUUGUGGGAGCCAACCAUUGCCCCAAAGGAGAGUGUCCCUGGCAGGUUCUGAUUCAGUUGAAUGGAGCCAGUCACUGCGGAGGUGUUCUGAUCCGUCCCGAUCAGGUCAUUACCGCAGCUCACUGUGUACAGGGAAUCAAACCUGACAAACUUACUGUGGUGGCAGGGGAACACAACCUGGACAUAGACGACCACACAGAACAAAGAAUUUCUGUUUCCACUGUGAUUGUUCAUGAAGAUUACCACCCCGCAACGGGCGACAGCGACAUUGCGCUUCUGCAUCUGAGUGGAGCGGCAUCUCUUAAUAGGCAUGUCCUACCAGUCUGUCUGCCCACUAAAGACCUAGCAGAGCGUGAACUUUUGCUACUGCGCUAUCACACCGUGUCUGGCUGGGGCAAGAGGACAAGUGGAGGGAAUGAGCAGAGCACCGCAUCCAGUGGUGUGUCCGCUUCCCCAAUCCUCCGCAAGCUGUCUGUGCCCAUCAUCCAAAACUCUCAGUGCUCCCAGAGAGGACAGUUCAACUUUACCGACAAUAUGCUUUGCGCUGGCUACCUAGAGGGUCAACAGGAAAGUUGCCGUGGAGACGACGGGAGCCCACUGACUACUUUAUUUGGUUCCACCCACUUCCUUUCAGGUGUGGUUGGUUGGGGGCGGGGUUGCUCCAUCCCAGGUUAUUUUGGCGUUUACGCCAAAAUUGCCAAAUUCGUUGACUGGGUGGAGUCAAAGAACACGCCCCUAUCCACGAUGCCACCUGACUUGCUGCAACAGAAAGUAGUUUAA